GGCGGCGGAGACGCUGCUGUUGUUGCUGGGCUGGGGUCGCCGACCGCUGCGCUGCUCUCGCUCUCCGUUCCUUACGCUUCUGCUCGCAGCCCCCGAGGCGUGUGGGCGUGUGGCGGGGCAUGGCGGACUCGGGCUGCGAUGACGGCUCGGGCCAGGGGGAGGACACUUUCCUAUACUUCGCGUACGGCAGCAACCUGCUGACCGAGAGGAUCCACCUCCGAAAUCCCUCGGCCACGUUCUGCUGCGUGGCCCGCCUGCAGGAUUUUAAACUUGACUUUGGCAAUUUCCAAGGCAAAACGAGUCAAAGGUGGCAUGGAGGUAUAGCCACCAUUUUUCAAAGUCCUGGCGAUGAAGUGUGGGGAGUAGUAUGGAAAAUGAACAAAAGCAAUUUAAGUUCUCUGGAUGAGCAAGAAGGGGUAGAAAGUGGAAUCUAUGUGGUGAUAGAAGUUAAGGUGUCCACUCAAGAAGGGAAAGAGUUAACCUGUCGAAGUUACCUGAUGACAAACUAUGAGAGCGCACCCCCAUCUCCACAGUAUAAAAAGGUUGUUUGCAUGGGUGCCAAACAAAAUGGUUUGCCGCUGGAGUAUCAAGAGAAGUUAAAUGCAAUAGAAGCAAAUGACUACAAAGGCAAAGUCUCAGAAGAAAUAGAAGACAUGCUGCAGAAAGAGGGGACAAAGCCUCAGUAGAACGUACAGUACAUCAGGGACAGCUCUCCGUAUGCCACCAGAACAUGUCUUCGCAUUUGAGAGCAGAGAUUGGCCAUCUCCACGUUUAAUCUGUCCCCAGCAACCCCUUGAAGGGCUAUCUACCCUGGACAAUUCCUUCUUUUCAGAUUUUAAAGGAGAGUUAGACAGUCAGAGGCCCCGGAGGGCAUGACGCCCAGACAGGACGCUGUCUCCUUCCGAGGACGUGCACAGCUCAUCUUUUGCCUCGAUCUCAGGGUCUUCCCGUGUGUGGCCAAGGAUGGCUGACGAUGGUGCUGGUGACUCACUCUGCUCUGUUGUUCUGGUUUUAGUGGGUUUUUUUUGUUUUAUCAGCCUGAUAAGUAAGCAAGUUGCAGAGACAGUUGAUAGUAACAUUUUGAAAGUUGCAAAGAUGGUGUACUGUUCUCAGGAAUAAAUGCAUUGUGGUGUAGCCUGUUCUCCCUGUGAAA